CCGGGAGCCGCCCCCGGCGGAGCCGCGGGACCCGCGGGCGGCGGAGCCGGGUUUGGAACGACGUGGGGGUUAUUUCUUAAGGAGAAGAACAUUUGUAUGGCAUCCAGAGCGCUCAAAAAUUCCCUCUCGCAGCUCUCAGGACCCUGAUGGGCACUGAUAACAAGGACUGGCCGGACCGGUUUGCAGCUCCACAGAAAUCUCAUUGAAAGGUUCUUCAGGGACUUUGACAAAGAUGAACGAAGACUUCCCCAGCUGAGCUCUCCCAGCGGCUGCUGAGCCAAGAGCCGCCUGUGGGGAGUCACCAAAUGGUCUCUGUGAGCUGCCAGGACCUGCUGCCCUCCCUGACCAGCCCUUCCCUGCUCGAGAGCUUGGCCAGUGCCCUGCAGUGCAGGAUGCCACCAUCCCUUCUGCCAGGACGUGGCGGUGACAGGACAUGUGGCCACUCAGAGGGCUCUGGGCAUGUCCUGGCGGGCAGCACUGGCCAUGCCGAGAGUGUCCCGCUGUCCAGUGCCAAGGGGGAACCCCCCAAAGCCCAGCUCACCGAGGCUCAGCUCAGGCUGCCUGACUUCCGCCUCUCCCAGAACUUCAUCCCCACCCUGGAGGAGAUCGAGGAGUUCCUCAGGGAGAAGGCAGAGUUCCUCAGGGAUGACGCCGGCGAUCCUCACCCCGCGGGGUGGAAGGUGGAGAGCAAACCUGAGCUGGGCUCUGGGGCACAGCUCACCCCCAGGGUGCACGAAGGAGGAGGAGGAGAUGUCCCAAACACUGCAGGGACAGCUGCUGGUGGCCAGGCGGUGGCUGCUGGCAGCAUUCCCUUUGUCUUGCAGAUCCAGCCUCUCCCGAGGGACAGCGUCACCCCCCUGGCACAGGGUGGGGGUGUCAGGGUGGCCCAGCUGCUCAUCAGCCUGCAGGCCCCAAACCUGUCCCUGCUCCCUCAGCUCCAGCCCCCUGGCACCAUCCUGGACCAAAAAUACGUCAGAAUUGCCCCCCUGCCAGUGGCCACGGGGCCAGGGGAUGUGCAGGAGGCGGAGGCGGCCCCCAGGUGCCAGCAGGGCCCCCCUUCCCUGCUCCGCAUCCACCGCUGCUCCCACCCCGGCUGCGGGAAGGUUUAUUCCAAGAGCUCCCACCUGAAGGCUCAUUUCCGGCGGCACACGGGGGAAAAACCCUACACCUGUGCCUGGCCCAACUGCGGCUGGAGGUUUUCCCGCUCGGAUGAGCUCUCCCGCCACAAGCGCUCCCACUCCGGGGUCAAGCCCUACCAGUGCUCUGCCUGUGAGAAGAAGUUUGCCCGCAGUGACCACUUGGCCAAGCACCUGAAGAUCCACCGGGGCCAGCCCUGCAGCCCACGGACACUUGCAGGGGCGGGCAGGAGUUAAUUCCUGCUGCUCAUCCCUGCCAGCCGGGGCCGGGAGGUGCCAGAGCUGGGGAAACAGCUCAGAAGCCACUGCUGAGGAGCGGGAAAUGACUCCUGAACAAACGACAGGAGACUUUGUUACCCCUCUUCUCAGGGGCGAUGAUAUUCCCAGGUUGUUUCUGGCCCUACUGUCCCUCUUUGAAAUACACGUGAUGGAAAUCA